UAAAUAAGUUAUCAAACAAUAAAUACUCGAGUGCUUGCUGAUAAGUUCAAUCGACUUGUUUGAGCAUUAAAUUUUAUGAUAUAACACUCAGUCAACGGUGAGCCGUUCGUUUGGUAACAACAUGUGGUUGAUCGGUCUAAUUUUCCUAGCUGUUGUAUCAAUAUGUUUUCUGUUCAUGCAUUAUUCGAAACCGCAAAAUAAUUUAGGGCCUUUUUUCGAUUUUUACAAGUUACCGGGACGUGCGUUCUACCCGAAAUACGUUCUUUACUAUUUAUUUUUCACCUUGGUCAAGACUUUAUCGCAGUAUUUCAACGUCCAGACAAAGUAUGGUAAACCAGAAGACAAUGACGGACCUCAUGUACUUGGAGACAAUGUCGGAUUUGAUGCGACGUGGAUAGGAGGCACGGACUCAAACGGCAAGUGGAUCAUACUGGCACUCGACAGGCGGAACGACCAUAAUAUGUCUGUCGGAUACCUCUGUUUGUAUGUCCCAGAAGUAGGUCUCCUGACGACAUCCGUGCUAAGAGACUCUGCAGGAAGAAGCAAACUGGAAUUUGCUGUAGACGAGUGCGGUUUAACAAUGGAAACUCCUUUGCGCGAGUGGUCUUUUCGAUUCGAAGGUGAAAUGCUAUUUGUCGACGACCCGGAGAAACGGGUUAACGUGAAAAUCGUUGGCAAUUGGCGGUGUAAAGACGACGUCUGGAUACUCAAUCGGGACUUCAGCAGCAAGGCGUUCGCAGAAUCGUUUGCGCUGGAAGAGUGCAGCAGGGUUUCUCCAUUUAAAUACAGAGGUGCGCAAGAGAUGAACACUACGGUGCAUUGGGAGCAGUUUGGCCGGUUGGACGCGGACAUCGAAAUCUUUGGCAAAAAUUUGGUCUUGCAAAACGCAACGGCGUUCAGAGAUCGUAGUUUCGGUAGGAAUAGAGAUUACUCAUCGAUGCACAGAUAUAUUUUCAUCCUGAUGUACUUGGACGAUGGUCGAAAUGCCGUGUUUUGUGUAGUCUGCCAGACAGAGGGAUUUUCACGACUUUACUACGGAUACGUACGAAACCUGGACGGGACCUGCACCAACGUCGACUGGAGCGAUUUCAGUAUGUAUCGGGUCGGAGAAAACGGUAGGCCGUCCGAAGAGCUGAGCUUCCUCGUUGAAAUCGAUAAUCGAAUGCAUCCGGUACAACUGGUGUGCUCGAACCGAAGGUGGUUUCCAAUGGAAAACGACGGCGUGUUGAGAUGCGAGCAAAUGGGCCGUUGUCUGUUUGGCGACCAGCCUGGGAAAUACUUGGCUCAAUGGCAAUACAAUCAGUCGACGUUAAAAGCUAAACGAUUGGGAAAAGCGUUUGCCUCCGGCACGUGAAACGGUACACUUCAAGUUUUACCCGAGCGAAAUUAAUUCGCACAAAACUCAUAAUAAACCCCGUGUGUCAAUAUUGAGAAUUCGUUGAAAUAAAACACUUCAUAAAAAAA